AUGGCUACCACUGGAGGCGCGUUCAUUGCUGGUGGCAUUGCAGCAUGCGGUGCGGUCACUGUCACUCACAGUUUCGAGACCGUCAAGAUUCGGCUUCAGUUGCAGGGUGAAUUGCAGACCAAGACCGAGGCAGUAAAGAAAUACAAGGGCGUGUUCCACGGCGUCAAGGUCAUUCUUCAGAAUGAAGGACCUCGGGGUCUAUUCCGGGGUAUCGGAUCUGCUUAUAUCUACCAGGUCCUGCUCAACGGCUGCCGUCUGGGCUUCUACGAACCUAUCCGCGCGAGCGUCACAACUGCCAUCUACGAUGAUCCUAAAGUCCAGUCACUGGGUGCCAAUGUCUUCGCAGGAGCUGCUUCAGGUGUAAUUGGAGCUGCAGCGGGAUCUCCCUUCUUCCUUGUCAAGACUCGCCUUCAGUCUAGCUCACCGUUCCUUCCUGUCGGCACUCAGCACAACUAUAAGAACUCAUGGGAUGGUCUCUCUAAGAUCUACAAGGGAGAGGGUAUCCGGGGUAUCUAUCGCGGUGUCGAUGCAGCUAUGAUCCGUACCAGUUUCGGCAGCUCCGUGCAACUCCCCACAUACUUCUUCGCCAAGCGCCGUCUGACCCGUCACCUUGACAUGAAGGAGGGUCCCGCUUUGCAUCUGGCCAGUAGCGCAGCUUCUGGUUUCGUUGUGUGCUGCUUCAUGCAUCCCCCUGACACGAUCAUGGCCCGCAUGUACAAUCAGACUGGCAACCUGUACGGCGGUGUCUUCGACUGUCUAUUCAAGACGAUCCGCACCGAGGGUCCCCUCGCCAUUUACAAGGGCUUCUUCGCUCACCUAGCCCGCAUCUUGCCCCACACCAUCUUGACUUUGAGUCUGGCUGAGCAGACUAAUAAGCUGAUGCGCCGGGUCGAGGAUCGUAUUCUCCCUGAUUCUUUCCGCGAAGGAAUCUAA